CGCGCAAGUUAAAAACGUUAUUAGCCAAGACGGACUCGGUGCGUUUCGAUAAAACGCAAUACAAAGUUGUUAAAGUACGACUUACAAAUGCCGUGUUGUAACGUUGUAUCCGUCGUAGCUGUAGAGUUUGGUUAAUAUCCCUGAAAAGGCUCCACUCAUCGUUUUUUACUAGCUUUAUUAUUCCUUGUGCACUAGCUUAAUUAACUUGCUAGUUAGCAUACCAAGUCACUGCUGGUGUUGUCAACGGUAACCUAGCAGCCGAAGCGUCACAUCAUGGAAACCUCAGGAUCACUUGAAAUGUUAGCCUGUAUUUUCAAUCAGGGACAUGUUAAAUGAUGUUAGAUAACUAACGUUACACACUUUUGGUUUAAGCAUUUAACUACCAUACAUCACAACGUCUAGCUAGCUAAUUCAUGAACACGAGUUUCUUGUAACGUUAGCAGUUUGUGGACAAACAUUAGAUUAAAACGCUCCCUUAACAUCGUCACAAAUGUAACUUCCGCUAGUGAACUAACUAUCUAAACUUAUUUAAGUGAGAAACAAUAAGGCUUAUGUUGAGGACCACAGCAAUGUUUAGCCACAGCUUCCUAACUACAAUGAGAUAACUAGCUAACGUUAGUUUUCACUUAUUAGUUUAGCUAACAUUAGCUAGUCGUCUGCUAAUUCCCUGCUUGGAUCUUUACAAACGCGCUAUGGCCAAGAUGCCUGCUGCUCUUCAGUGGGACAAAGUGACAAGGAUCGACCCAGCCAGCCUCCUUGAUUUUGAAAAAAACCAAUUGGAUGAGGUCAUCGACAUGCUUGUUUUGACAACAGAAUGGGAGGUGAAGGAUAAAGCUCCAGAGAAGAUUAUUCAAGUCCUCAGAUUGUUUCAGACCAUGUUGAAGAUCAAAGACAGAGAAGCUGCUUUUGGCUCUGACCUUCUUGAUCAAGCUGGAGAAAAACAUGGUAAAAUUGAAAAUGAACUCCUCGCCAAGGUGUCGAGGCUGGAACAAGACCUCAAGCAGUCCAGCAAAGGGCCAGACACCCGUUUUCUGAGGGAUGAGAUUCGGCAGCUCGAGGCCCAGCUGGAGCAGAGGGAGAAAGAGUUGACCCAGUUAAAGAAAGAAAUGGGCAAGGAAAAGCAAACCAUCGAGGAGUUGGUCGUCCGAGCGGAGGAGGUUGAGGAUGUGGCCAAGAAGCUGAAAAGAGAGAACGAGCAGCUCCAGCAGGAUGUGGACUUCUACCGCGGAGAGCUGGACCAGAAGGAGCCGCUCGCAUCCAGAGACGAGAACGCUGAGACCCAGAGGAAGCUCAACUCGGCCAACCGACAGCUCUACCAGUACUUGGAGGACCUUCAGCGAGCCGAGGAUGAAAACGCACACCUGAAGACACAGAACGAGCAGAUGCAGAAGAGUCUGGAGGAGUCGGUGAGGGAGAUGGAGAAGAUGACAGACGAGUACAACAAGAUGAAGAUCGUUAUACAGCAGACGGACUCCAUUAUGGACCAGCUCAGGAAAGAGAGGGAUCACGCAAAGCUGCAAGUCAGAGAGCUAACGGAUAAGAUUCAUAGUGUGACUGAAGAGGAUGACACAAUUAUGGCAGCAGUCAACGCCAAAGUGGAGGAGUGGAAGAGAGUGCUCUUUGGGAAGGACGAUGAAAUUCUGGUGUACCAGCAGAUGAUCCGUGACCAGAGGGAGAAGCUGCGUUCAGCCCAGUUGGACUUGGACAAAAGCAACAUUAUUGCCUUGCAGCAGGCCGUCCAGGAGAGAGAUAUUCAGAUCAAGAUACUGAGUGAGCAGGUGGAGCAGUACACAGGGGAAAUGGAGAAGCACACCCUGCUCAUCGAGGAGCUAAAGACGUCCACAAGGAAAGACAAAGGCCUUCCAUCGUCCGUGCAGCAGAGAAAGAUGGAAGAGCUGAAGUCCAAGCUGGAGGCUGCAGAGCUGAGAGCAGUGGAAGCAGCGUGGGUGGUAAAGCUUGCAGAAGCUCACGCUGAAGAGAAAGACAAAGCACUCAUUGAGGCCUCAAACCGCUUGAGCCAGUAUGAGUCUGGCACGUAUGGCCUGGAAGCAGCCAUCGCAGAGAUCAAAGAAUGUAAAAAUCAGAUUAAAGUGAGAGACAUUGAGGCAGAGGCCUUGACCAAAGAGAUCAACCAGCUUGAGAUGAGAAUCAAUGACUUCAUGGACGAAAACGAGGAUUUCCGAGAAAAACUAGGUCUGGAACCAAAGACGGAAGUGGAUCUCACAGCGUUCAGGCGAGCAAAAGAUCUCAGGCAGCGGCAGUACAAAGCGGAAAACCAAGUCCUCACCAAAGAGAUUGAACGACUUGAAGAAGAGAGACUGGAGCUGAAGAAACAAGUCAGACGCAUGGUGACGGAAAGAGGGAUCCCACAGUCCAGCCUGCUGCUGGAGGAGGACAUCAGGCCCGGCAGGACUGUGCAGCUGAAGCAAAGCAGCACUUACACAGAUGAAGAGGUCCGACGCAAAAAUGAGUACCUGGAACAAGAGCUGAGCAGUAAGGAGAGAGAGCUGGACCUUCACAAGACCCAGUUCCACAUCAAAUUGGAAGAACUGUCAAAAGUGAAGAGAGACCUGGAGGCUGCGCUGAAAGACGUGCUCCAUGCCAUGAGGACUAAUCAGGAAACCACUCCAUCUGCCAUCGAUAUUCCCAGUCUGGAACGCUUGGCUCAUGCUAUAGAUGUCAGCAGCAUGAGCGGGCAGUCUGAGUCAUCCCCGCACCUCAACUCCCAAAUACAUCAGCUGGUUGGGAGAAACCAAGAACUAAGGCAGGAACUGAAAUCGGCCCGGGAGGAAGCAACCAGCAGUUUCAGUCAGCUCGCCAGAGCCAAAGAAAAGGUGAGCCAGCUGGAAGGUGAGUUGGAGUUGUUAAGGAGGUCGGGCAACCAGGGAGUUGUCCUCCGACCUCUGACCCUCCCCGAGGGUCUGGGGCCCAGCAGCACUGAGGUCAUCAGUUCUCUGAACGAGUAUGCCAUUGGACUUCUUCAGGAGCUCAAAAACAAGGAGGAAGAAAGCAAGAAACUCUCAGGAACACUGGAGGAAUACAAGGAGAAGUUUUCUGUUAUCAGCCACCAACAGGGACUCCUCUAUAAAGAAUACCUGAGUGAGAAGGCGGAGUGGCAGAAGGAGAAAGAGACAUUUACAGAGUUGAAGAAAAACCUGGAGGAGCAAAAUCAGGUGGACGCUGUUAAAAUCCAGGAAUUCAACGAGCUGCUGGACACCCUUCGGAAGGACCCCGAGGAAGUCAGGAGAUCGUUGAGCGAAGCGUUGCGCAAGUCGACGGUUCUGAAGGUUAAUGAGACGAAACUGACACGGCGCUACGUCACCCUGCUGGAGCAAGAGCAGCACCUCCGCAAGGAGAACAGCAAGCUGAGGGACGAGAGCAGCCUCAUGCAGGCCUCUGUCACCCAGAGGAUAGGCUACCUGCAGAGAUACAAGGAAAUGGCUGCAUAUAAGAUAGCAGCACUGCAGAAGGCCUUGGAUGAUAGUGUGCCCUCAUCAGACCUGGAGAGGGCGAACAAACAGUACACAGAGCUAACAGUCAAAUACAGAGACAUGCUGCAGAGGGACAGCCGCCUGAUACAGAGAACCACCAACCUGGAACAUCUGCAGAGGGAGAAUGAGUCUUUUCGGGAGCAAAUCUCAGCCAUGAAUAAAGAACUGGAGAUCACGAAGGAGAAACUGAACACUUUAGAACAAGCAUGGACCAACAUCAAUGCAAUUGGAGGUGAGAAUAACAUGGACAAGGCGGACAAGGCGUUGGCCAACAAAGAGAUGGUAUCUGCGGCCAGGCGCAUCACCACUCUAGAGAUGAAGGAGCUGAAUGAGAGGCAGAGAGCCGAGCAUGCACACACAAUGUAUGAGCACAUGAGGAACUCCCUUCGGCAGGUGGAAGAACGCAACAUAGAGCUGGAGUCCAAGUUUGCAGAGCUGACCAAGAUGAACGUAGAGGCCCAGAGGGUGGAGCGAGAGCUGAGAGACGGGCUGGCCGACAGCAUCAGCAAAGCGGUGAGCGACGCUGACAGAGCGAGGAUCGCAGAGCUGGAGAAGGCCGAGGCUGAACUCCGCAUUGAGGUUUCUAAGCUCCAAGAGGUGUCUGAUGUGGCCAUGAUGCAGGCGUCUGCUCUGCAGGCCAGACAACAGUCCAAAGAGAAGGAAGUGGAUGCUUUGAGGAGACAAAUACUGGACUACCAGUCACAGUCAGAUGAGAAGGCCCUCAUUGCGAAGCUCCACCAGCACAUUGUGGCUCUGCAGCUCAGCGAGUCAGCUUCUUUGGCCAAGCUGGAGGCUGCCACCUCUCACAUCCAGCAGCUGGAGGCCUGCAGGCUGCGUGCUGAGCAGCGGCUAGAUGCCAGUGAGCGCACUCUGUUCCUCGCCCGCCAGGAGGGCAGGAAUCGCUCCAAGCACCUACGGCAGACCGUCCAGUCGCUGCGUCGGCAGUUUGCCGGAGCGCUGCCGCUUCCCCAGCAGGAAAAGUUCUCUGUGGCCAUGGUGAGCCUCCAAGAGGACAGAGCAAAAGCCCAGGAGGAGAAGAGGAAGGCUGAGGAGGAGAGGAGGAGGGCUGAGGGCAGGGCAGAAGAACUGGACCUGAGACUCCGAGGCCUGGAGGAGCUCAUCUCAACACUGAAGGACGUGAAAGGGGCCCAAAAGGUGACUGAGUGGCACAAGAAGAUGGAAGAAGCUCGUCUGCAGGAGCUGAGGAAAGGCAGGGAGCUGGUGGUCCAGAAGGAGGAGAUCAGGUACCUGAAGAACCUGGUGGAGGAGCAGGAGCGAACCGUCUGCUCGCUGGAAGAGGAUGUCGUGCAGCAAAACACGCUUCAAGAAGAACACCAGCUGGCUUAUGAUCAGCGAGAGGUGGAGCUGGAGCAUCAGCUGGACCAGUACGAGAAGCACCAGAGUGAAAUUCUAAGCGGUUCGGAAAAGUAUGAAGAUGGUACAGGAUCCCUACCAGACCCGAGUCUACCUCUUGCUCAUCAGUUAGAGUUUGCUCUGGGUAAAAUCAGGGAGCACGUCCGCACCAUCUUGGACACACAGGCCACCUGCAACAAUCUGGAUGAGAAGUUGAAAGAGAAAGAAGCAGCUCUGUGGAAGGCAGAGCAGAACAUUGUGUCCCGGGAUAAAAUGAUCAAUGAGCUGCGUCUGCGGCUCCCAGCUGCUGCCAGCAGAGAACGCCUGCUAGCUGACCUUGCUAAGCAUGAAGAGGGCCAGCUAGACUACCAACCCGCCAUCAAGCUAGCUCAACAGACCAUCAAAGACCUCCAGGAUCGACUCAACAAAAAAGAGGACGUGCUAAAGAAAUACCACAACCAGUUGGCUCAAGCCAGACAGGAUCAGGAGGAGAUGAUAAAGAGACACCAGGAGGAGCUGAGAAUGUUGCAUCAGAAGUUGGACUUGCACACGGACACCUCCCUGGACCGCUUCAAACAGACAGCCAUGGAACUGAUGAAGAAGCCCAUUAUCAGGGUGCCAACCACCAAGCAUCUGGAGCAUCUGGCUGAGUUGGAGCAGACUGUGGCUGAACAGGACAUCUCGCUCUCCUCCAUCACAGAGAAGCUGAAGCUGGCCACUGCUGAGCUGCAGCGACAGAGGACCGCCAUGGACACGCUGGCUAAGAAACACGCUGACGAGAUGUCAAAGCUGGAGGAGUAUCACGCUGCCCAGGUGAAAGCGCUGACUGGUGAGACUGAGGACCAGACGAGCCACAUGGCCCAGAUGGAGAAGGAGAUGAACUACCUCCGAACGGAGCUGGCGGCCCAGAAGGAGGCCAACGUCCGCUCCCCCAGCAACACCAUGAAAAACCUGGUGGAACGGCUGAAAGCACAGCUCACCCAGAAGGAGAAGCAGCUCAAGGCUCUCAGUAAGGCUCUGUUGGAGCUGCGGGCAGAGAUGACGGCCGCUGCAGAGCAGCAAGUCAUAGCCAGCGCUGCACAGAAAGAGGAGAGUCUCAAUGUACAGGUGUUGGUUGACAGACACACCAAAGAGCUGAAGGUGCAAGUGCAAGAACUUAAUGAGGAACUUCAAGCUGCAAAGGACUUUGCCAAAGCAGCCAGAGGCCGGGAGCACACCCUGAAGGAGGAAGUGGACGGCCUGAACCAGGACCUCCAGAGGAGUCUGAAGAACCAGAGACGCAUGCAGGCUGAAAAGGAGGAGAGAGAGCAGGAGAUCCAGGAGCUCAAGCAGCAAGUCAAGAGGCUCAGCAGCGCCCUUCAGAAUCAACCAGAAUCAGAUGGGAAGGGGUCAGCCGUCGAGAAUCUGCAGAAGAAGAUCAAGCGUCUCGAGUCUGACUUGGAGAAAAGAGCAGAAAUGAAAAAUGUUGAGGAUGAUCAUAAAAAGACCAAAGGAGAAAUUGUGCGUUGGGAGGAGGGUAAGAAAUGGCAGGCCAAGAUGGAAAAGGUGAGGAAUUCACUGAAGGAGAAGGAACGAGAGAAUGAAUCCCUGUCGAAACAGCUCAGCACUCUGAAAGACCUCUACGCCAGACUGGAACAAGAGAAGAGUUUACUGCAGAAGAAGCUGAAGGGUCGAGGUGUGACUGCCGAUCAGGUGGUGGGAGUGCGAUCCACCGAAAUGGAGAAGGAGACGGAAGAGUUGAGGAAGAAGAACUCUGACCUGGAAACACAGAUCCUCACCAUAAAACAGCACCAGGCUUUACCUCGUGAUGACGCCAUGGAGACUGUGACCCUGAGGAACCGCUACCUGGAAGAGAGACUCCGCUGCGUAGAGAGCCAGAUGUCCAAAGAGCCACCAUCACGACCCUCUACUUCAGGCCGAGGCACCGGCACUCCCUCACAGAGGGAUCAGGACUUCCAAAAGGAAAACCUCAAACUGGCCUCUGAGAACCUGGAGCUGCGCUUUCAGCUGGAGCAGACCAACAAAGACCUGCCAAGACUCAAGAAUCAAGUUGCAGACCUGAAGGAGCUGUGCAGCGCGCUGAAAAAGGAAAAAGCAGAGGGGGAGAAAAAGCUGUCUUAUAUAUGUGGAGCCGGUCUCAGUGGUAAAACAGUACCUGAACUGGAGAAGACCAUCGGGUUGAUGAAGAAGGUGGUGGAGAGGGUGCAGAGGGAAAAUGAGACACUCAAGAAAUCUGGCGCGCCUGCAAAUCAAGAAAGGUUCUCAGCCCUGGAGCAAGAAAAUGAGAAACUAAAGGGUGACUGUGAGAAACUGAAGAGUCAAAGUGAAGCUGAGCUGACUUCUAAACUUGAGUCUAAAACCAAAGGACUGCAGAGAAUAGUCCUAGAGAAUGAACGUCUACGCAAGGAGAUCAAAAGGGAAAUGGAAGCUGCACAGAGGCUGAGAGAGACCAAGGCAAGUCUGGAAGUGACAAACGAGAAGCUUGAGGCCGAUCUGGAAGAAACCAAGCAAAGACUGCAGGCAGCUCUCUCCAAACCCAUCACAGAAGGAGUGAGCAGUAAGACCUGGAAGGCUUCUGUGGUAACAAGAAUGUUUGAGAACAAGAUGAAGGAGCUGGAGAAAGAGCUCUCCCAGAAGACCUCCAGUCUGUCUGAACUCAAACAGCAGCUGAAGGAGAUGAGAGAGUGCGAGGAGAGAGCUCAGAGAAGCAUCCGGACACUUGAAGAUCAGGUUGACAUGUUGAAGAGUUUUCCUACCACUGCAAAGGGAGGAGGACUCACCAAGGAGUUCCAGGCAAUGAGAUUGAGGAACACUGAGCUGGAGAAGGAGAACACAGAACUGAACCAAAGGCUGGGCGAGUACAGCCAGCGAUACGGUGAAACGUCUUCUACACCAGACCACGCAAAGCUCAAACGCAUCCUGCAUGCAGCCGAAACAGAGAAAACCAAACUUCAGACUGAGGUUAAAAAGCUGAAGAAAGAACUGGAGAACUUCGACCCGACGUUUUUUGAAGAGAUCGAAGACUUAAAAUACAACUACAAUUUAGAGGUGAAGAAGAACAUUCUGCUGGAGGAACAGCUGAAGAAGGUUUGCGAUCAGUUCGGUGUAAAAGCUGAAAUUCCCAAUGUGUCCGUCAGUUAACUCAGGGUUACUGUGCCUUUAAAUGACGUCAGGACUGUUAAAACUACACCAGUUGUCAGCUUGGUCAGUUCUUUUCUACACAUUUCUGCAAGUUGUCUCGUACUGUGUUCACAAAGCAAACUUGACGUCCCGCAGUCGACUGAAACGGUGUCCGUUUAGUACGGAGAAGAAUGAGAACAAGUCCUUGCUGUUGUUGUAUUCGCCAACGCGAACGACCACCGCCCGCUCAGCGAGGGAGGUUUCCCCGUCUGGCCACCUCAGCCCCAGGUGAUGACGAUGAACCUGGAGACAACGGCCAAAAUAAAGAUUCCAGAAGUCCUCUGGAUCAACUCUCCGAGUCUCUUACCUUAAUGAGUGUGCCGUCGUUGCAGUGCCAGACGAUGCCCUCGACUCGGCCCUCUGGACUCUCCUGGAACCAGGAGCACAGCUGCUGGAAGUCUACAGGUGGAGGGUUUCUGAUUGGAACACUGCCGUGUGACACCAGACAGUGGACGGGCUGCUGCUUACUGCCCAGUCCUGUGGGGACAACAUGGCUUCUUAUUCUGGGGAACUGAACAGCCAUGUGUGUCCUUUUAUGGUGUCUGUUUGUUUAUUGUGCUUUUUGGGGGAAAUUUCUGUGACAUUUUAUGGCAAACUUCAGUAUGACUUUUUGUGAUGACAUUUUCAUGGCAUACGAAGUUUUUGUGAAGAUUGUAACCGAUUACAUUCAGUGAUAUAAAGGUGACUGGGUCCGCCCACUUACUGUCAGAAAAAACCUCUGGAGCGUGAAGGUGAAAGCAGAAGAGCAGUGAAAGCUCUUGCAAAAGGAGCACCCAUGCAUUACCAUAAGGGUUUCCGUUGACGUUGGUUCCAAUGAGCUCCAGGGUUUGUUCCAGGAGGACGGCCAACUGGACCGCUGCAACUUCUAGCACGUCUUCAUCUUCUGCACAGGGCCUGAGAACAAGAGCCGCCCGCACGUCACAAUCCACCACGGAGGCAUGCCAGCAGUACUGUUUGUUGUCCUUCUCCACCGGAACCCAGCCUGGACAGAAAGAGCAGGCAGCAUCAUCCACGACGACAGAAACAAACAUUUCCACUCGGACCUGAAUGUUCUGUUAGUUGUUCGUUUGGGUAGGUUUUCGGUUUUUGAUUUUGGUAUUCGGAUAUUCAAUUAAUAUAAUUUUUUAACCCCUCGAGAUUACAAACAUGCUCCAAACCUUUUGGAACAUGCUUCUUAUUCAAUAACAAAUAAAAGAACACGCAAAAAUACUGUAGAAUAACAAAAUCCGUAAAAAUGAAUGCCCUUAAUUAAACCGGAAGACACGUGUUUCAGCGCGAUGCCGUCCAUCUCAGACGAGGCUGGUUCAUGUCAGGGACGCAAGCCAAGCCAGACCCCUACCCGAUUGAGUCGGAACGUAACCCAAACUGAAAAUGAAACACGGUCGUUGGUUCUCUUUACUGGUGUUAAUGUUUGGGAAUUUAAAGUACUGCUACAUUAAAAUCUCCUGCUACUGUGUUCUGCAGUGACACACUUGCAGUAAAACUGAUUUCAUAAUUUCAAAGGCUAUCUUUAUUUAAAUUGAGGUGUGAUGGUUUAACUUCAGGACCUGGAAUGUGUCCAUGUUCAUCGGGCACUGGGAGGUCGUUGUGAUGUUUGACUCUGUGCGCUGGGAUCCACGUCUCUGGCACCGUCUUAAAAUCCUCCUCGACGUUCCACGUGAAACCUGAAAAAAACAACAAAAAUAAACAAGUUUAACCUCCCUGAAGAAAUAAAGCAACCGUCUGACAUGUAAUGUCCACACUAAGAGAUUAAAACAUGUAUUACACUGUCCCGUUUAUUCUGUAUGGUUAUGAUACAGUUUGUAAUGGUUGCAUUGUCACAAUGUAAACUCUUAGUUUGUGGACCAAGAUGAGAGUCCGGAAGUAUGAGCACAUAACACCCAUUCUGCACUCACUACACUGGCUCCCUGUCUCAUUCCGGAUUGACUACAAAGUCCUACUACUCGCACACAAAUGCAUAAAUGGACACGCACCUCCCUACCUACAAGAACUCAUCACUCCCCAAACCUCCACCCGCACCCUCAGAUCUUCAAACAGCUCGCUCCUCCGGGUCCCCAACACCAAGCUCCGCACCAUGGGUGACCGGGCCUUUGGCUCGGCAGCUCCAUGCCUAUGGAACAGUCUCCCUGACCACUAAGGGCAACACAGACACUGGUCUCUUUUAAGACUGGCCUAAAAAACUUUCUAUUCAGGAAGGCGUUUCUGACCUUGUGCUAAAUCACUGUCAGUUAUUUAUUUUGUGUUUCUGUUCAUUCAGUUUUUUUUAUGCUUACUA